AGCUCUAAUACCUAAGUCAAAGCUCAUCUUAAGAUUCAACUCUUUUUAUACACUCUCUCCUACCUAAAAGAUCCAAAUUUCUCUAUUAACCUUACCUUUUCUCCUCUCAGAUAGACAAGGCAUCCACCUAUCAAUUUACCUUCAAGAACACCCUUCUCUCUCUAUCUCAGGCUCAACCAUGACCACCAAGAAAUCAAGCAAGAAGAUGAAGGGAUUUAUGUGCCAGUCUAGGGCAGCAACUGCUAUUUGCACAGCAGGUGAUCCACGCUCUAUGAUAGUGCCAAGAACUACUAGUGUAAAGUACUCAAGACUUGCAGAGCCUUCUUCUUCUUCUUCAUUGAAGUUACUUCCACCAGCAACUAGUAGAUCUGUUCUUGUUUCAUCCAUCAAGAAACAAGAAAACGAUAAUAAGUAUAAUGAUAAUGAUAAUAUUAGCAACAAGAAGAAGAGUACAAAGGAAUAUUAUAAAACUAGAUUACCAAUGCAGAAACCACCUUCAGUUUUGCCUUCAUCUGAUCAGCAACAAGUUUUCCAGGUUGUUGUCAUGAGAGUUUCUCUUCAUUGCCAAGGGUGUGCUGGGAAAGUGAAGAAACAUCUAUCUAAAAUGGAAGGAGUGAGUUCCUUCAGCAUCGAUUUGGAGACAAAGAGGGUGACUGUGAUGGGACGUGUUUCUCCUGUGGGAGUCCUUGAGAGCAUUUCCAAGGUUAAACCAGCUGAGUUUUGGCCUUGCUGAAGACAAUAAUUGAAAUUGAACCCCAUUUUCUACUUAAUUACCUUUGUUUUGGGUAAUUAUUUUAUUUAAUUAAAAUAAAAGAAAAGAAACUGUAUCAUGUAGACAGAAACACUGAUACCAAUAGGUAUUGUUGUUGUUGUUAUUUCCAAGAGCAGCUUGUACAGAAAGCUAUAAGAAGGUUGUUGCUAAAAACAUUUGUCAGCCCUUCAACUUUUACAAAUUUUCCUGCUGA